AUGAAGAAUUAGAAUUUAAAGAAUUUGAAGAGCCUGAAGAAUUUGAAGAAUCUCAAAAAACUGGUAUCUUAAAUAAUGUAGAUGAUUAUUUUAACUUUAAUAAUGAUGAAUUUCAGCAAGCAUUAAAUAUGAAUGUUUCAGUUGUUAUUGAACCGUAUGAAUUAGAAAUUAGCAAUAAUGAUACAGAAUUUGAUAUUAAUGAGCUUUUAAAUACACUUUUAAAAAAAUAG